CAAUAAUUAACUUUAAUCAAUCUAAGAGAACGGAAAGUGAAAGCUGGCAGGAGAAAAACACACUUGCCAGCUGGAAUUCAAAACAGAAGAUGUUGGUUUUCCGUUGAGCACCGAAACUUUGGGAUUUUGGAGACUUAAAAAGGGAAACCGCAACAGCAAUUACACUCUUCUUCGCCAGGGAGGAAGAGGCGAGGGGCUCACCAGGGACCAGAGAUGUUAAGUCCUAUUUCGUGCAGAACCUGAACAUAUUCAUCUAAAACUACCACCCAAGCAGAAGAAUUGUCUUAAAGCUAUUGAUGGAACUAUAGCAAUAUUUCAGCGUUUUCCAGAUGGCAUUCCUCCACAUCAUUCUUCUGGGCUUGAUAAUACUGAAUAUAAGUAUUUGUUGUGCAUUUGAUGAUUUCUCAUGUGAGACGUGUGGAACAAAUGCAGAAUAUGGAAAAACCACUAAUAUUACUUGCAGGAACAAUGAGGCUAUUACAAGGGUCACAGUGAACUUCUGCCCUUACAAUAAAUGCAGCUGUCCAUUUAACCCUGAGAUCAACACAUUCGCGGGAAUUUAUACAUCUAAGGAUGGAAGAAUUUCACUGAAGUUGGACAAUUUUGCCAUCCUGAUUUUCCACAAUGUACAAAUAUCAGAUGAGAGAUGUUAUGCUUUUUAUCUUUACUCUUCCAGUGGGCGCAAACCUAAGAACAUCCGUUUUACCGUUGUUGCACCGUAUACUAAACCACAGCUCAUAAGGAAGAAGGAAACUGUUGAAUGCACAGCAACUGGAGGGUAUCCAGAUAAGCACCUUUAUUGGUUUGAUUCCCAUGAAACCAACCUAACUCACAAUGCAACAUUUAUGUCUACGCAAUAUGUGGAUGGCUCAUUCUUUCUCAACAGUUCUCUCCACCUGGAUUCUUUUGUCAAUGAAAGGACAUAUUGUUGUACUCUCAACAAUACAAGUUGUCAUUCUUCCCAAAAUUGUGCUUGCAUGACCCUGGAAAAGGUUAGAUCUUCCAAGACUGUAUCAGAAAACAUUACAAGUGAUUCUACUCCAAUUGUGGCAAUUGUGGUGAUUGCGGUACUAGCUGUUGCUGUUGCUGCUGCAAUUUAUUUCUUCAAAACAAAAGAGAGAUAUUCUGCAAGGGAUUGUUUCUCUCAGAAGAGAACCAAUGCCAGAAGAAGGUUUCUGAGUCAAAAACCCCAAAACAAAACAAACGAAAAAGGGGAAAGAAGUCAGAUCAAUUAUGAACAAAGAACACAAAGAUCCUAAUGAAAAAAAAAUCUGGCCUUACUUUUUCACUUUUUCAUUUUUAAUACAAGAAGGACUUUCACAUUGCUAGAAGAAAGGACAAAUUUCUUUGUGUCUUGGACAAGUUUUGGAUUCAACUUUAAAUUUCCUUGAAUGGUUGUUUCAUACACUCCUGUUGAUACUGUUUGCAGCAUGGUCACCUCUGGAUUUUCUAGGAUGGUAGUUUCUAGGGAUAUGCAAUCGAUAAAAAAAGUUUCAAAAGUCAUUACAUUGCUAUAGCAUGAUGUCACUCCCACAAAGACAAAGUUUUUGCAGUUUAAUAAGCUUUCCCCAAGUUUCUAUGAUAGAACCAGUUAGCAACUGACAUUUAUAACCCAGGAACAAAAAACAUGGUAAAUACACCAUCAAGGGGCAUCUAGACCAACCCUCUUCUUCUGCUAUUGAAUUAGAGGGGACCCCAAGGACCAUUCAUUUAGGCGUUUCUUCCCAGAAUAGAGGAUUGUUUGCUUACUAGAGAAAUAUGAGUCACUCCUCCCUCCUCUUUGCAGCUGGCUUCUGUUAGGGAGGGACAAAUCUCUCUUCCCAGCCCGCUAUCCUGAUUGGUACUUUCUGAUGCUGAUGCAUUCUGGGAAAUAUAGUUUAGGACAGAGUCUUUUGAAUUCUCUGACAUAGACUUCCUCCCUUCCCAGAGUUCUGUGCUGUUUCCCUCCUUUCCCGCUUCUAAUGGUGAUUUACAGAGGCAUGGAAGCACUUUUUUUCACUUUGCAUGCUUGCUUGCUUGCCAUGAAAAUGAAAAUGAAAAUCAAGUUG